GUACGCCGCGCGCUCCGCUCACGGCUCCGCGCUCCCGCUCCGCUCCGCUCCCACCUCGCAGUCGUGCUUGAGCCUCCUCACCGGCAGCAGCUUGGACUUGGACUUCGGGACGCCGCCGAAGACACAAACGCCGUCUUCGCUGUGCUUCGCUGUGCUUCGUGCUUCGCACCCGCCGCGCGGGCACCCCUGUAGUGUCGCCUCUCUCUUGACCAUGGCCUGGACCAGCGCCCUGCGGCCGCAGCUGCCGGCCCUGCUCGUCGCCGUGCUCUGCGCCUUCCUCGCGCCCGUGUCUGCCCAGCCCGCCGACGCCAUGGCCUCCACGCCGGUCCCCGCCGUGCCCGCCGUGCCCAUCGGGGUGGCCGGCGCCGUCAAGGCCGUCCCGGACUCGCAGAACAUCAGUGCCUUCUUCCCGAAGAUCAACGGCGACCUGACCAAGAUCUCCUGGGCGCACGCCGUCAACAACCAGUCCCUGCUGGCCGAGGCCCUGAACGGCUCGGUGAUGAUGAUGGAGGCCGAUGUGAUCAUGUCCGCGGCUGGGCAGCCCGUCAUGGGACACCCCCCGGCCGACUCCUCGGACCUGUCCCUCCUCGAGUUCCUCCGCAGCGUCACCGCCUUCAACACGGACCACCAGGACGCCCCCAAGGGCAUCAAGCUGGACUUCAAGUCCAUCGAGGUCUUCGAGAAGGCGCUUGAGUUCCUCAAGCAGAACUUCAAGGAUGUGCCCGCCUUCCCCGUGUGGCUCAACGCCGACAUCCUGCCGGGCCCCGUCAACGCCAGCGAGUCCGGGACCAUCCCCGUGGACGCGAAGCGCUUCCUGGACAAGGCCAAGGCGGAGUACCCCGAUCUGAUGCUGUCCCUGGGCUGGACCACGCGCUGGGGCAGCAAGCUGGACCAGAGCCAGGUGCCCGUCGACCAGGUCAAGUACAGCCCGGACCAGGUCAAAGCCAUGAUCGCUGCGAUCAAGAACAGCGCCGUCGACCAGCCCAUCACGUACGCCGUGCGCGCCGCCUUCGUGGCCAACUCGCUGGACGAGCUCAAGAGCCUCCUGGACCAGACCCCGCAGGCCUCAGGCCAAGCCACCCUGUCCGUGUGGAGCAGCGACGACACCGACGUGGUGGACGUGAAGCAGCUCAAGAAGAACAUCCUGGCGCUGGGCAAGGACCGCGUCUACGUGGACGUCGGCGAGCAGCUCGCCAAGGACCUGAACCUGUCCAGCGCGUCCGCGACCACCUACGCCUCCGUCGCCACCACCCUCAUGGCCCUGAUGGCCGUCAUGUUGAGGGCACUGUGAUCUGCCAAGGCUGGACUGUGCGAGGCGGCUUACUGCCUCAAAACAAAAACAAAAGGAAAAAAAACAUUCCAUGUUCUUUGGACCACGCAGAGAGACCAAAAAACGCAUUGUCAAAUCGGAGUCAACUCACUUUACUUAUAGCUUUGACUGAUUUGAUGAGUGUAAUACACGGGGUUAUUUUUAAUUUAUUUUGUCAAUUUUAGCUGUGUAUUUUGUUGCAUCUACUUUCCAUUUGCCUCACCUUUGCUUUAUCGCCUAUAGAUUUAAGAUUUGAUCGUGUAGAUAAGCACAUAUAGUGACUUAAGGAUUGUACUUUUAGUCACCGUAAUUUUAAGUUCUGGAGAAUUUGUGCCAUAUCAUGGCUCUCACUCUGACGUAUGUUAUUUUCUAUCUUUCCCAUUGUUAUCCAUAAUUAUGUUAAUUUCACGUCCGGUUUACGGAACAGCAAAGGUUGAUAGUGCCUUUGGCUUCAGUACCAUUCAAUUUAUUUUCAUGAAUCUUCUAGCCUAGUCAAUCAUUAAACUAAAUGGUCUGUCUUUCUACCAUUCCGGCGAAUUGUGAUACAUAGAGGGUAGAUGGCGUUGUAGCAUACUGUUUGUGUCUCUAUUGUGAUACAUUAAACACGACUGCUGUGGAUACAAAACAA